GUAAAAAUAAUUAGCAUACAGAAGCAGAGGGGCGAACUUCACGUUGAGGUCUGGCAGAGAGAGAGAAGACACCCUGGCGAAAAGUUUGCGAGAAGACAACAUUUCAGAAAAAAAAAGCUGAAAAUGAAUUCAGAAGAGAAGUGGUGAGCCCGUUUGCUUUGGAGUACCCAACUGCCGUUGCGGGUCAAGGAGUAACAAAAGGUCUGGACCAAAGAGCAAUCACACCCCAAAACCAUUUCAGAUGGAGGUGGAUGCAGAAAGGAAGCGUCAUCGCACACGCUCCAAAGGAAUCCGAGUGCCCGUGGAACCAGCGAUACAAGAACUGUUCAGCUGCCCGACGCCAGGCUGCGAUGGGAGUGGACACGUUAGCGGGAAAUAUGCAAGACACCGGAGUGUCUAUGGCUGCCCUUUGGCCAAGAAGAGGAAAACGCAGGACAGACAGCCCCAGGAGCCGGCCCCGAAGAGGAAGCCCGCCCUGAGCCGCUCCGACAACUCCUCCGUGGAUGAGUGUUACGAGACUGACGGCACGGAGGAGAUAGACGAGAAGGAGGAGGAAGAGGAGGAGGAGGAAGAGGAGGAAGAGGAGGAGGAGGAGGAAGAGGAAGAGGAGGAGGAGGAAUAUUCGGAGGACUACGAGGAGCAGGCGGAGCCAGAGGAGGGCGAGGUGGAGAGGGGGGAGGAGCACGAGGCGGAGCAAGAGGAGGAAGGGGUGGAGGAAGAGGAGGACGAGGGAGAGGAGGGUGAGGAGGAAGAGGAAGAGGAGGAGGAGGAGGAGGAAGAAGAAGAGGAAGAGGAGGAAGAAGAGGAGGAGGACUAUGAAGAGCAGAGCCAGGAGCACGAGGACGAGCAGAGGGACGGCGGCUACCAGAAGUCCAGCCAGGCGGCGGAGAAGGACGACAACAACAACGACGAGUACGACAACUACGACGAGCUGGUGGCCAAGUCGCUGCUCAACCUGGGCAAGAUCGCCGAGGACGCGGCCUACCGCGCCAUGACCGAGUCGGAGAUGAACAGCAACUCGUCCAACAGCGCCGAGGAGGAGGAAGACGAGGAGGGCGAAAAGGAAGCGAGGAAAGGCGAGCUGAGCCUGGACAUGGACAGCGACGUGGUGCGGGAGACGGUGGACUCCCUCAAGCUGCUGGCGCAGGGCCACGGCGCCGUGCUCUCCGACAACCUCAACGGGCGGAGCUACCUGGACGGUGCGGGGGACUCCACGGACGAUGGGGGCGGAGGGGGCGGGCGCAACGGAGGCCCCGCCCAGACCAAACCCACCAGCAACGGGCAGGUGGAGGAGAGCGACGAGGAGGUGUGUCUCAGCAGCCUGGAGUGCCUGCGGAACCAGUGCUUCGACCUGGCCCGCAAGCUGAGCGAGACGCAGCCGGCCGACCAGGGCCCCCCCUCGCAGCAGCAGCUGCAGCAGCACCCCCACGCCCUGCCCCUGUCCAACCCCUCCCACCCGCCGGCCUACAGCGACUGCCAGCCAAGCCCGGAGGAACGCCGCACGCUGGAGCGCAACUACUCGGACAUGGUGAACCUGAUGAAGCUGGAGGAGCAGCUGAGCCCACGUUCCAAGGCCUUCCCCAGCUGCGCCCAGGACGGCGGCUACCGCGAGCGUGACCGCGACGAGGACACCACCUCUGUCGCCUCCGACCGCUCCGAGGAGGUCUUCGACAUGACCAAGGGCAACCUGUCCCUGCUGGAGAAGGCCAUCGCCCUGGAGUCCGAGCGGGCCAAGGCCAUGCGGGACAAGAUGGCGUCGGAGGCGGCGUCCCGGCGGGACGGCCAGCGGCUCCACGACGAGCAGGGCGGCCGGCAGAGCUGCGCCGAGGACCGCAAGGCCCGGAUGCAGGAUGGCAUGAAGAAGCCGUACUACCCGAAAGAUUCCUCGCGGGCAGAGAAGAAGGAGAGCCGGUGCCCCACGCCGGGAUGUGACGGGACAGGUCACGUGACGGGGCUGUACCCCCACCACCGGAGCCUGUCGGGGUGUCCCCACAAAGACAGGGUACCGCCAGAAAUUCUUGCAAUGUAUGAAAAUGUUCUUAAGUGCCCUACGCCUGGCUGCACGGGACGAGGCCAUGUCAAUAGCAACAGGAAUUCCCAUCGGAGCCUCUCGGGGUGCCCCAUCGCAGCUGCGGAGAAGCUGGCCAAGGCCCAGGAGAAACACCAGAGCUGCGAUGGAAGCAAGUCCAACCAGGCUUCUGACCGCGUGCUGAGGCCCAUGUGCUUUGUGAAGCAGCUGGAGAUCCCUCAGUACGGCUACAAGAACAACGUGUCCACCACCACCCCGCGCUCCAACCUGGCCAAGGAGCUGGAGAAGUACUCCAAGACCACGUUCGACUACAACAACUACGACAACCACCAUGUGUACGGCAAGCGAGCGAUCGCACCCAAGGUGCAAGGCCGGGACGGCUCUCCCAAGGGAUACGACGCUAAGCGGUACUGUAAGAACUCGAGCUCGGCCAGCAGCACGACGAGCAGCUACGCUCCCAGCAGCAGCAGCAGCAGCAUGAGCUGUGGGGGCGGCGGCAGCAGCGCCAGCAGCACCUGCAGCAAGAGCAGCUUCGACUACACGCACGACAUGGAGGCGGCGCACAUGGCGGCUACCGCCAUCCUCAACCUGUCCACGCGCUGCCGAGAGAUGCCCCAGAGCCUGAGCGGCAAGCCACAGGACAUGUGCUCGCGGAACCCGGACGUGGAGGUGGAUGAGAACGGCACGCUGGACCUGAGUAUGAAGCAGCGGGGCGGGCGGGAGGGCAGCUGCGCGGUGCUCACCCCGCUGGAGCCCAUGUCCCCCCAGCGCCAGGCCCUGCUCAACAGCAGGUGCUACCAGAUGAGCGAGACCGACUGCUGGGACCUGCCCGUCGACUACACAAAAAUCAAGCGCAUCGACGAGGACGACCCCAAAGAGCCCGACGACCUGGACCCCUUCCAAGACAUUCUGGAGGACCGUCAGUACCCCGGUGACGUCACCAUCCCCAGCCCCAAGCCAAAAUACGCCCAGUGCAAGGAGAGCAAAAAGGACCUGAUAACAUGUCCAACACCAGGGUGUGAUGGAAGUGGUCAUGUGACUGGUAAUUACGCCUCACACAGAAGUCUCUCUGGCUGUCCUUUAGCUGACAAAAGCAUUCGGAGUAUGAUGGCAACCAACACGCAAGAACUCAAGUGUCCGACUCCAGGGUGCGACGGUUCGGGACAUAUCACGGGGAACUACGCCUCUCACAGAAGCCUAUCGGGGUGUCCGAGAGCGAGGAAGAGCGGCAUUAAGAUAACGCACAGCAAGGAGGACAAAGAGGAGCAGGAGCCAAUCAGGUGUCCGGUCCCUGGCUGUGACGGGCAGGGUCACGUGACGGGGAAGUACGCAUCUCACAGAAGCGCGUCGGGCUGCCCCCUGGCGGCCAAGCGACAGAAGGACGGCUACAUGAACGGCUCCCAGUUCACGUGGAAGUCGGGCAAGACGGACGGCAUGUCGUGCCCCACGCCGGGCUGCGACGGCUCGGGACACGUCAGCGGGAGCUUCCUGACACACAGGAGCCUGUCAGGGUGUCCCCGCGCCACGUCGGCCAUGAAGAAAGCCAGACUGUCUGGAGUGGAAAUGCUAACGAUAAAACAACGGGCUAGCAAUGGAAUAGAGAAUGAUGAAGAAAUUAAACAGCUGGAUGAAGAAAUCAAAGAUUUAAAUGAGUCUAAUUCACAGGUGGAAGCAGACAUGAUCAAACUUAGAACACAGAUUACCACAAUGGAGACUAAUCUGAAGUCAAUAGAGGAAGAAAACAAGGUGAUUGAACAGCAAAAUGAAUCUCUCCUGCAUGAGCUGGCCAACCUCAGCCAGUCACUGAUAAACAGUUUAGCUAAUAUCCAGCUCCCACAUAUGAAACCGCUGCCACACAAAGAGGCUCCCAUUAGAAAUAACAGCUGUUUACAGUUGCAUCAGAGAGAGCCGAUAAACGAGCAAAACUUUGAUGCUUACGUGACCACGUUGACAGACAUGUAUACGAACCAAGAUCAAUACCAGAGUCCAGAGAACAAGGCCCUGUUGGAAAACAUUAAACAAGCAGUACAAGGGAUCCAAGUGUAGCCAGCCACCGUAUGGAAGAGAAGUUGCUCCAGCAAAGAACAAGUGAACAAAAAAAGAGAAAACAUUAAAUAAAGGGAUGCCUCUCGGUUUGCUGCUGUACUUUAUCAGACAGUGUUAAAUAUUAAUUUCUGUUAUUUAAAAAGUGUUAUGCUUACAAAAACUUCAUAAUGAUUUUUUUGUCUUGCUUUGAAAAUAGUUAA